GCCGUUGGCUAACCGGCCCGGUUGUGCCCGGCGAUUGGUGGGCGGCGCUGAGGGAGGGCUGGCUGGGGCGUGCGGGCAAAGCCAUCCGGUGUGUGUGGCUGCCGCCGGGGCUGGAGUAAGAAGCGGGGAGGGGUGCGGAUGUAAACACUGGACAAUGGCUAAUGCCUCAGAUGUUAAAAGAAGUAGGCCCAGGAUUCCAAUCAUAAAACUAUUUUUGGACUGAAUAGAACACCCUUUAGACACUGAUACAACAGCAAUCUAGCAAUGGAACAAAGAAAAAAUGACAGUUUUGUCCCAAGUAUCACACAGUUGGAACACUUUUUGACAGAACACAACUCCAAUGUUGUUUGGCUAUUAGUUGCUACAAUCUUGUCUUGUGGAUGGAUUAUCUACCUCACUUAUUAUAAUUCCCGAAAUGUAGGACUCAUUUUAACAUUGGUUCUGAACAGAUUAUAUAAACAUGGCUACAUCCAUAUUGGUUCCUUUUCAUUCUCUGUCCUGUCCGGAAAAGUCAUGGUUCGUGAAAUCUAUUACAUUACAGAAGAUAUGUCUAUCAGAAUCCAAGAUGGAUUUAUUAUAUUUCGCUGGUGGAAAAUGUACAAUCCAAAGCAGAAACAACAUGAUCCAAAAGCAGAAACUAGACUGUAUAUCAUGAUGAAUGACUUUGAAUUUCACGUCUACAACCGCUCUGCCCUUUAUGGACAACUCCAGGAAUUAUUUGGUCUGGAUCCAACAAUAAUUCCAUCAAGAAAAGAGGAUGAAAAAGCACAAGAAAAUGGAAGAGACACAACACCCUCCAAUCUCGAAAGUGUUAAAGUAAAAACAGAAUCUCAAGACCCUUCCUCUUCAUGGAGAUCCCUUAUUCCUGUAAUUAAAGUCAAUGUUAGCACAGGUCGCUUGGCAUUUGGGAAUCAUUAUCAGCCACAAACACUCUGCAUUAACUUUGAUGAUGCUUUCUUAACAUACACCACGAAACCACCUUCAAGUCACCUUGACCAGUUUAUGCACAUUUUGAAGGGAAAACUGGAAAAUGUCAGAGUUAUGUUAGUUCCCAGUCCAAGAUACGUUGGUCUUCAAACUGAUGAACCACCAAGGUUAAUGGGAGAAGGCUUUGUUGUAAUGCAGUCCAAUGAUGUUGACAUCUACUAUUACAUGGAUGAACCAGGUCUUGUACCAGAGGAGACAGAGGAAAAUAACGAUGGAGAAACAACCGAUGAAGACAGUAAACUGCAAGACCUGCCUCCAUGUUGGGGAUUAGACAUUGUAUGUGGAAAAGGAACAGAUUUCAACUAUGGACCGUGGGCUGACAGGCAAAGGGACUGUUUGUGGAAAUUUUUUUUCCCACCAGAUUACCAGGUUAUGAAAGUCUCGGAAAUUGCACAGCCUGGCAAGCCAAGACAGAUCCUUGCUUUUGAGUUGCGGAUGAAUAUCAUUGCAGAUGCCACUAUUGACUUGCUCUUUACCAAAAACAGGGAAACCAAUGCUGUACAUGUAAACGUUGGAGCAGGCUCGUAUUUGGAAAUAAAUAUUCCCAUGACAGUCAGUGAAAAUGGCUACUCCCCUGCAAUUAAAGGACAGCUUUUACACGUUGAUGCCACCAGCAGUAUGCAGUACCGAACUCUUCUAGAAGCAGAAAUGUUAGCUUUUCAUAUUAAUGCCAACUAUCCCCGGAUAUGGAACAUGCCACAGACAUGGCAGUGUGAAGUUGAGGUUUAUAAAGCAACCUAUCACUUUAUCUUUGCUCAAAAAAACUUCUUUUCAGAUUUGAUUCAAGACUGGUCCAGUGAUAGUGCUCCUGAUAUUUUCUCAUUUGUUCCCUAUAUAUUGAAUUUUAAAGUAAUGUUUCAUCAAUUUGAAAUGAUUUGGGCAGCAAAUCAACACAACUGGAUUGACUGUUCCACCAAACAACAGGAAAACGUUUAUCUGGCAGCCUGUGGGGAAACUUUAAACAUUAUUUUCUCUCUGCCUUUCACUGACUUUGUUCCAACCACAUGCAAUACUAGGUUCUCUUUAAGGGGAGAAGAUGUCGAUCUUCAUUUAUUUCUACCAGAUUGCCAUCCUAGUAAAUAUUCUCUCUUUAUGUUGGUGAAAGAUUAUCAUCCUAAUAAAAUAAGUCCUGAAUCCUGUAUUUCGGCUGAAUGUCAAAGUGGUCAAAAAACAGGCAAGCCCAAGUGGAGGAAUAUUACUCAAGAAGAGGCUGGAUGGGUUGAAUGCUGGACUGUACCAAGUGUUACAUUCACAAUUGACUACACUUGGCAUCCAAUUUAUCCACAGAAGGCAGAUGAACAGUUGAAGCAAUCAUUGUCAGAAAUGGAAGAAACUAUGUUAUCUGUACUAAGGCCAUCACAGAAGACAGCCGAUAGAUUCAUUUCCUCUCCCACAGCCUCAACUCGGCUUCCUAUUGAUCCCUCGGAACUUCCACCUGAUAAGCUACAUGUGGAACUGGAAGUCUCCCCAGAUUCUCAGAUAACCCUGUAUGGACCUCUACUAAAUGCCUUUCUGUUUAUAAAGGAAAAUUAUUUUGGAGAAGAUGACAUGUACACAGAUUUUGAAGAAGUCAUUUCAAGCCCUGUCCUGUCAAUGUCAACAUCUUCAAGCUCUGGGUGGACAGCAGUUGGAUUGGAGAAUGACAAAAAGGGAAGUGAGAGUUCAGCCAAACCAGUUCAUCCCCUAACCUUGCGCCCUUGGGACAUUACUGUACUCGUUAAUGUGUACAAAGUGCAUGGACGGCUACCAGUGCACAGCAGCACGGAUGGUCCUGAAUGCCCUACUGCUUUCUUGGAAAGAUUGUGUUUUGAGAUGAAAAAAGGAUUUAGGGAGACUAUGCUGCAACUUGUACUAUCCCCAUUGAACUUAUUCUUGAAUGACAGCUAUCAGCGACCCUCUGUGGAUGAACUACUUAGAGAGGGCCAUAUCAGCCUGUCAGGUCUGCAGCUACGAGCUCAUGCUAUGUUUUCAGCAGAAGGUCUGCCUGUGGGAAGUGAUACUUUAGAAUAUGCAUGGCUGAUUGAUGUGCAGGCUGGUUGCCUUACAGCUAAGGUUACAGCACCACAGCUAGCAUGUCUGCUGGAAUGGGGACAGAUGUUUGUGUUUCAUGUUAUGUGUCGAGAGUUUGAACUGGAAAGGCCAAAAUCUGUAAUAAUGUGUCAGCAUGGAAUUGAUCGUCGGUUUUGUGAAUCUAAGAUGAACUGUGUUCCUGGGCCAUGUCCAACAUCUGAUGAUUUAAAGUACACUAUGACACGCCUUGCAGUAGAUGGAGUAGAUCUGUAUAUUGUAGAGCAUGGCUGUGCCACCAACAUAAAGAUGGGUGCUGUACGUGUUGCAAACUGUAACCUCCACAACCAGUUUGUUGGAGAGGGUAUAAGUGCUGCUAUCCAAGACUUUCAGCUGAGACAGUACGUUGAGCAGGUGAAUACCUGCAGAGUUGGUCUUCAACCUGCAAUACUGCGGAGGGCAUACUGGCUGGAAGCUGGGUCUGUCAAUUUGGGACUCAUCACUGCUGAUAUUGCUUUAGCUGUGGAUCAUCAUUCUAAACAUGAAGUACAGAGACAUUUUUUAGAAACACAUGAUAGCAGAAUUAAGAGGUUGUGGUUUUUGUGGCCAGAUGAUAAUGUGAAGAACAAGAGAAGCAAGAACAAGUGUGGCUGUCUUGGUGGCUGCCGAUUCUUUGGUGGCACAAUAACAGGACUAGACUUCUUCAAGCUUGAAGAGAUGACGCCUUCAAGCAGCUCUGCCUUUUCAAGUACAAGUGCAGAAUCUGAUAUGUUUUAUGGACAGUCUUUAUUGCAGCCAGGAGAAUGGAUUAUUACCAAGGAGAUUCCCAAAAUUAUAGAUAGUAAGACAAAUGAUGUAAAAAGAAAAGAUUGGGAUAGCAGAUCUGUAGGUAUAGAAAUAGAGAGAAAGGCCCAGCACCUGUGUCUGCAAGUACCAUUGCGAUCCCAUAGCUCCUCCUCAUCUUCAGAGGAAAACAGCAGUUCCAGUGCUGCACUUCCCUUGCUUGCAGGUGAGAAGGAAAGCCCUUCUUCUGCUACUGAAGAUCGCAUGGGAGAAAAGGAGUUCGUGUCUGGUGCAAAAAGAGAGGAUGGUCAUGGAAGUACUCCAGCAGAAGUUUCAGAAAGCAGUCCUGUGUCUCCUAACAACCAGGAAAGGUCUGUAGGACAGUCUCCCCUCAGGUCUCCUUUGAAACGGCAAGCAUCUGUGUGUUCUACCCGACUUGGGAGCACCAAGAGUCUUACUGCAGCAUUCUAUGGUGACAAGCAGCUUAUUCCAGUUGGUGUUCAGUUCAGUAGUGAUGUCUCUCGCAGUGAUGAGAAUGUCUUGGACUCUCCAAAGCAGAGGAGAAGCUUUGGUUCUUUUCCAUACACACCAUCUGCAGAUUCAAAUUCAUUUCACCAGUAUCGCUCAAUGGACUCUAGCAUGUCAAUGGCUGAUAGUGAAGCCUAUUUUUCAGCAGCUGAAGAGUUUGAGCCAAUAAGCAGUGAUGAAGGUCCAGGAACCUAUCCAGGGAGGAAAAAGAGAAAAAAGCAAGCCCAGCAAAUUGAAUAUAGUAGAGGGUCAAUCUAUCACAGUGUAGAAGGACCUCUAACUAGUACAGUCCAUGGAGAAGCCAGUCAAGAUCCAAAGACGUUGCCAAUCAAGACUCAUGCUUCACAGGCUUCAUUUGUUUCAGCAGUGGGAGGAGACGAUGAGCUUGUUGAGUACAUGUAUAUCAUGGAAGCUGAGAAGACAGUAGAAAGUGAUCAAAUAACUUCCCAACAGCCUAUAAUGACCUGUUACCAAAGUUACCUUACCCAGUUUCAGGUGGUCAACUGGUCAGUAAAGCAUCCAACAAACAAAAGAACCUCAAAAUCUUCCUUACAUCGGCCUUUAGAUCUUGAUACCCCAACUAGUGAGGAAAGCGCCUCGUCUUUGGAGCAUCUUUCUGUUCCAACUUUUAAGAUUGUUAAACAGGGUCUCACAGCUAAUGCUUUGCUGGACAGAGGCAUGCAGCUUUCAGGAUCAACAUCCAAUACACCCUAUACUCCUUUGGAAAAGAAAACAAUGGAUAAUACAGAUGAUGAAACAAUAACAGAAGAAUGGACCCUGGAUCAUCCUGUCUCCCAGACUAGAACAACAGCAAUAGUGGAAGUAAAAGGAACUGUAGAUGUUGUUCUCACUCCUCUGGUAGCAGAAGCUUUAGACAGGUAUAUAGAAGCAAUGGUACAUUGUGCUAGCACUCAACACCCAGCAGCAAUUGUGGAUGAUCUACAUUAUAAGGUCCUCAGAGAAGCUGUACAGAACAGCAAAACAACCUUUUCAGAGAAUUUAUCUUCCAAACAGGAUGUUAGAGGAACAAAAACAGAGAACCCUGCUACAGGAACAACAAACGAAGGACAGGCACAAACUAAUCUUUUACUUAAGCAAGAUAAUGUGAAAAUUAAAGGUCUUCAGGCCAAUGUUACUAUACCCAAGAUAAACUUGUGUUUAUUGCAAGCAUCGGUUGAAGAAACCCCAGGCAUUCCUUCUGGCAAAACUGUGACUCAUGUUUCCUUAGUAGCUUUGUGUUUUGAUAGAAUUGCUACACAAGUUCGUAUGAACAGGGGUCUGAUUGAAGAGACUUCAAACAAUGCAGAUACAGGGAGGAAUUCAGUAACAUUUGAUCGAUACAUCCAUGCCAGUAAAAUGCAGCCCCAGUCUUCUGGCUCGCUGAGAUCAAAUGCUGGAGCAGAAAAAGGAAAAGAAAUUGCUGCCAAACUGAACAUUCAUCGUGUUCAUGGACAGCUUAGAGGCCUUGAUACAACAGACAUUGGGACUUGUGCAAUAACAGCGAUUCCUUUUGAGAAGUCAAAAGUUCUUUUUACUUUGGAAGAGUUGGAUGAAUUUACUUUUAUAGAUGAAACUGAUCAGCAAGCUGUUCCAGAUGUAACUCGAAUCGGUCCCAGCCAAGAGAGGUGGGGCUGGAUAAUGUUUGAAUGUGGAAUUGAAAAUUUAAUAAUAAAAGGAGGAAGACAAUCUGGAGCUGUUUUAUAUAGUACUUUUGGAGUCAUGGGUAAAUCUAGUGCCACGGAGAGGGGUGGAUUGCUUGCAUCCAACAAUUCUUCAGAUUCUCCAACUGGUAGUGGUUAUAAUACCGAUGUGUCUGAUGAUAAUCUUCCUUGUGAUAGAAGUCCCUCUUCGGACAUAAAUGGAAAUUCAGUUUCAGAUGAACAGGAUGAAGGAGUUGAAUCUGAUGAUCUGAAAAAAGAUCUUCCUCUAAUGCCUCCCCCACCUGACUCCUGCAGCAUGAAGCUGACAAUCAAAGAAAUUUGGUUUAGUUUUGCAGCUCCCACUAAUGUGCGCUCUCCUGCCCAUAUAUUUUCAAGGCAACUGAACCUACUGAGCACUGCAACUCCUGCUGUUGGUGCGUGGCUUGUUCCCAUUGAUCAACUGAAGUCCUCAUUAAACAGAUUAGAAACCGAAGGAACUCUAAGGAUUUGUGCUGUCAUGGGCUGCAUAAUGACAGAGGCAUUAGAGAAUAAAAGUAUGCACUUCCCUUUGAGAAGCAAAUACAACAGACUGACUAAAGUGUCUCGUUUCCUACAAGAAAAUCCUUCCUGUUUGCUGUGUAAUAUAUUGCAUCACUACCUUCAUCAGGCAAAUUAUUCCAUCAUUGAGGAUGCUACCAUGAGUGAUGGCCUUCCUGCAUUAGUGACUUUAAAGAAAGGUCUAGUUGCACUUGCUAGGCAGUGGAUGAAAUUCAUUGUGGUGACACCAGCUUUCAAAGGAGUUAGCUUACACAGACCAGCUCAGCCGUUGAAACCACAGAAAACUGCAUGCCAUGAGCAUGAGGAUGGAGUUGGAUUAGACAAUGGAGGUGGCCUUCAGAGUGACACAAGUGCUGAUGGAGCAGAGUUUGAGUUUGAUGCAGCUACAGUCAGUGAACACACAAUGCUCCUAGAAGGAACAGCUAACCGUCCUCCACCUGCUGGAGUUUCUUCUGGGCCUGUAACUGGGGCUGAGAUCAUGAGGAAAUUAUCCAAGUCCCAUACUCACAGUGAUUCUGCUCUGAAAAUAAAGGGUAUACAUCCGUAUCAAUCCUUGAGCUAUACUAGUGGAGACACAGCCACGGAUUCACCAGUGCAUGUUGGCCGUUCUGGAAUGCCAGUCAAGGAGAGUCCAAGAAAGGAGAGCCUACUCAGCUACCUUACUGGAAGUUUUCCUAGUUUGCAUAAUCUUCUUGAAGGGACUCCUCAAAGAAGUACUACAGCAGUUAAAAGUAGUUCUUUAACAAGAACAGGAAAUACCGUGGCCACAGACAUGUUAUCUGAACAUCCUUUGUUGUCUGAACCAUCAUCUGUGAGUUUCUAUAACUGGAUGUCAAAUGCUGUUGGCAACAGAGGAGGUGUAGUGCAAGAGUCUCCCAACACCAAAUCUGGACACAAUAGCCUUCCAACAGGUGUUGCACCCAAUCUUCCCACAAUACCCUCUGCUUCAGACUUCAAUACAGUUCUGUCUAGUGACCAGAACACUUUGGAUGGGACACAUUCUCAGCAUAGCACCAGUCAGGAUGACAUUGCAGGUGUAGAAGAGGGUAACCAGGGAUUUCCUGCUGUUCAACUUGCAGAUGCACAGGUUGUUUUCAAACCUCUUCUGAGCCAUACAGGAAUUCAGUCUCAAGAUGCAGUGCCACUGUGCUAUAGAAUGUAUUUCGGAGAGUAUCUUUCAUUCUCAGGGACUUUGGACUGUCUCAGGGCAGACAUUGUUGAUUCAGAUACAACAAAAGAGAGAAAAAGCAAGAGAGCACGAAGGCAAGGAGCUGUCAAUCUUCCCCCACUUGAAUUCAAACCGGCAUUGAUGUUGGAAACUUUUAGCAUUAGUGCUGUUGUAAUGGAGAAGUCAAUGUGUACACCCCAAAACUCCACCAGUGCCCUUUCUUUUCAUGACCUGAACAAGCGUUACUACAAUACUUUUCACUGUAAUUUUACAAUUUCCUGCCAGUCCAUAAGCCAGCACGUAGAUAUGGCACUGGUUCGGCUUAUUCAUCAAUUCAGUACAAUGAUAGAUGAUAUUAAAGCCACACAGACGGACAUCAAACUUAGCAGAUACACUGCUGGCUCGGCCUCACCAACACCUACCUUUAAAACCCGCAAACAUAGAGACUUUCGUUCUUCUGACUUUAGCCGCAGCUCCCGAGGAAGCAUCAAUGGAGGCAGCAGAGUAAACAAUGCAAAGAACAAAAGAACCAAUAAUGAGAACAAUAAAAAAGAAUCUCGGAACAAGAAUUCUCUUGGGAGAUCAGAAAGAAGAACUUCUAAAGUAUCCAGGAAGGGUUCAAAGGAUGUGGUUGAUCACAUGACCAUUCAUAUGGAUGACUCGGAUUCAAUUACUGUGUCAGAACAGAGCGAGCCCUCUGCAGAGUGCUGGCAAAAUAUGUAUAAACUGCUGAAUUUUUAUUCACUUAUCUCUGAUCCAACCGGGAUUUUAGAAAAAUCAUCUGAAACUUUUGGGCCAACAGGUGUUCGGAGCCCUACUGAACCUGCAUGUAGAGUUGUGUUUGAGAAUGAACAGGACAAUAGCAGUUUGAGCAAGACACAGAGGAAGCGCAGUCUCGUUACUUCUGAACCUCAGCACGUGACUCUAAUAGUCUUUGGAAUAGGCAUGGUGAAUCGCACACACCUUGAAGCAGAUAUUGGUGGACUAACAAUGGAAUCGGAGCUGAAGAGGAUUCAUGGAAGUUUCACACUAAAAGAAAAAAUGAAAGAUGUACUGCACCAAAAGAUGACUGAGACCUGUGCCACUGCUCAUAUAGGUGGUGUUAACAUUGUUCUGCUGGAGGGAAUUACACCAAAUAUCCAACUGGAGGAUUUUCCUACAUCUCCUACAAGCACAGCCAAACAAGAGUUUCUAACUGUAGUCAAAUGCAGUAUUGCCAAAUCACAGGCUCUUUAUAGUGCCCAACGAGGAUUGAAAACAAAUAAUGCUGCAGUGUUGAAAGUGGGAGCUAUCAGCAUCAACAUUCCUCAACAUCCUGCAACUCUACAUAGUAUGAUGGUGCGCAGUUCUCACCAGCUUUCCAAACAGAUCUCAGACCUCAUCAGGCAACCAUCUACAGCCCCACAGCCUGCAAAAGAAGAUGUUGCAACUCCAUUGCCCUCUGAAAAGACACCAACAAGUGUUAAUCAGACUCCAGUUGAAACCAAUGAAUUUCCACAGCUGCCGGAAGGCUUAGAGAAGAAACCCAUAGUUCUUAAAUUCAGUGCCAUGAUAGAUGGUAUAGCUAUUGGAGCAGCACUCUUGCCAUCUCUAAAAGCAGAAUAUAAGAUGGGAAGAAUGAGAAGUCACGGAAUGACAGGUGCUCAAACAAGGUUUACAUUUGAACUUCCAAAUCACAGAUUGCGAUUCACAUCAAAAGUUUCUGCCACUGAUAUGUCUACCAUUCCUCCUUCAGCAAGUCUUAAUCUUCCCCCUGUCACUAUGUCAGGCAAAUAUGUCAUGGAGGAACAUGACACCUAUUCAGAUCAAAUAUGGAGUAUAGAUGAGCUACCUACUAAACAGGGCUAUUAUCUACAAGGGAACUAUUUACGUUGCGUGGCUGAGGUUGGUUCCUUUGAACAUAAUCUCACAACUGACCUUCUAAAUCAUUUAGUGUUUGUACAAAAAGUGUUCAUGAAGGAAGUAAACGAAGUCAUACAGAAGGUGUCAGGAGGGGAGCAGCCAAUUCCUCUUUGGAAUGAACAUGAUGGCACAACAGAUGGAGAGAAGCCUAAAAUUCUCCUGUACUCUUUGAGCCUACAAUUUAAGGGAAUUCAAGUGACAGCCACAACUCCAUCAAUGAGGGCCGUGAGAUUUGAAACUGGAUUGAUAGAACUUGAGCUCUCAAACCGAAUACAAACCAAAGCAAUGCCUGGAAGUACCAGCUACCUUAAACUGUUCGGUAAAUGCCAAGUGGAUCUGAAUCUGGCAUUGGGACAAAUUGUUAAACAUCAGGUCUAUGAAGAAGCAGGUUCUGAUUUCCAUCAAGUUGCUUAUUUUAAGACAAGAAUUGGAUUAAGAAAUGCUCUUAGAGAAGAAAUCAGUGGUUCAUCAGAUAGAGAGGCUGUGCUUAUUACUUUGAACAGGCCAAUUGUCUUUGCUCAGCCUGUGGCGUUUGACAGAGCUGUGCUAUUUUGGCUGAAUUACAAGGCUGCUUAUGACAACUGGAAUGAACAGAGACUGGCUUUACAUAAGGAUAUUCACAUGGCUACAAAAGAAGUAGUAGAUAUGUUACCUGGAAUCCAGCAAACUUCUGCCCAGGCUUUUGGGACACUUUUUCUUCAGCUAACUGUUCAUGAUUUGGGAAUUUGUCUGCCCAUCACAAAUGCACCACAGUCUAACCACACAGCAGAUCUUGACACUGGCUCUGCUUUAGUCCUGACCAUUGAAAGCACAUUAAUCACUGCCUGCUCUUCAGAGUCUCUGGUCAGCAAAGGACAUUUUAAAAAUUUCUGUAUCCGCUUUGCUGAUGGUUUUGAGACGAGUUGGGAUGACUGGAAACCAGAAAUACGAGGGGAUCUAGUCAUGAAUGCUUGUGUAGUGCCAGAUGGCACCUAUGAAGUCUGUUCAAGGACAGCAGGACAGGCUGCUGCAGAAAGCAAUAGUGCUGGAACCUGGACUCUCAAUGUGUUAUGGAAGAUGUGCGGUAUUGAUGUCCACAUGGAUCCUAACAUUGGAAAAAGAUUAAAUGCUUUGGGUAAUACCCUCACAACACUGACAGGAGAAGAAGAUGUUGAUGACAUUGCUGACCUCAAUUCUGUAAACAUAGCUGACCUAUCAGAUGAGGACGAAGUUGAUACCAUGUCUCCCACUAUACAUGCAGAGACUGUUGAUUAUCGGCGACAGGGAGCAUCUGGUAGCCAAGUUGGAGAGCAGAGAGGAAGAAAACUUGUGAAACGUUUAGUAGAUAUUAGGGAACUAAAUGAACAAGCCAAAGUAAUUGAUGACCUCAAAAAACUAGGUGCAAGUGAAGGAACCAUAAACCAAGAAAUUCAGCGCUAUCAACAAUUAGAGUCAGUAGCUGUGAAUGACAUUCGCCGAGACGUCCGUAAAAAACUACGUAGGUCCAGCAUGAGGGCUGCUUCUCUGAAGGACAAAUGGGGCCUAGGUUACAAACCCAGCUAUAACCGGUCUAAAACAAUUUCAGCAUCUGGAAGACCACCUCUAAAAAGAAUGGACAGGGCAAGCUCUCGACUAGGAGACAGUGAAGAGCUCCCAGAAAUCCGUGUAGAUACAGCAUCUCCUGGACCCAGAGUAACCUUCAACAUACAGGACCCUUUGAAUAAAACAGUUUUGGGGAUUACACAGCAAUCCAGCUGUCAAGGGGAAGGGUAUUUUCAGUUUCCAGAGGAGACAGAACUGGACCUUUUGUCAGUAACUAUUGAUGGUCCAUUCCAUUACUCAUCUAAUAGUGAAGGAUCAUGCUCAGUAUUCAGUUCACCCAAAACUCCAGUAGUCUUCUCACCAAGCAUUCCCUUCCAGCCCGAAGAGGGACGGCGGGAUGACAGUUUAUCUUCAACCAGUGAAGACUCUGAGAAGGAAGACGACCAUGAGAGAGAGAAGGCUUAUUUUUACAGAAAGCCACAGAAUACCACUCGUAAGAAAGCAACAGGCUUUGCUGCAGUUCACCAACUGUUUACUGACCGCUGGCCAUCAACUCCUGCCAGCAGAAAUGUGACUGGCACAACCACAGAGAGAAAUAUUGACUUUGAACUUGAUAUCAGAGUUGAAAUUGAUUGUGGAAAAUGUGUGCUGCAUCCAACAACGCUUCAGCAAGAGCAUGAUGAAAUAAGCUUAAGAAGGAGUUAUGAUCGGAGUUCCAGAAGUUUAGAUCAAGAGUCUCCUUCAAAAAAGAAGAAAUUUCAAACUAACUAUGCAUCUACUACUCAUUUACUUGUUGGCAAGAAAGUGCCGUCAUCUCUACAGACAAAGCCAAGUGACCUGGAAACUACAGUAUUUUAUAUUCCUGGUGUAGAUGUAAAGUUACACUACAACUCUAAGACUUUGAAGACUGAAUCGCCAAAUGCCUCCCGGGGAUCCUCUUUGCCAAGAACCCUGUCCAAAGAGUCCAAGUUGUAUGGUAUGAAAGAUACUGCCACACCUCCUUUGUCUAAUACUACCCACAGCAAGACUAAUACUUUACUUCUGCCCCAACCCCCACCCAUCCCAUCAGCCAAAGGGAAAGGAAGCGGUGGAGUAAAAACUGCAAAAUUGUAUGCAUGGGUUGCACUUCAGUCACUGCCUGAGGAAAUGGUCAUUAGCCCUUGCCUAUUGGACUUCUUAGAGAAGGCUCUGGAAACUAUUCCUAUUACACCAAUAGAGAGGAAUUAUGCAGCUGUCAGUUCACAAGAUGAAGACAUGGGACAGUUUGAAAUACAAGACUCCUUGGAGGAGUCCACAGCCUCACUAGUGUCAUCGUCAACGUCAGCAUACUCAUCAUUCCCUGUGGACGUGGUGGUUUAUGUACGAGUUCAGCCUUCACAGAUCAAGUUCAGCUGCUUACCUGUAUCAAGAGUAGAAUGUAUGCUGAAGCUGCCCUCUCUAGACCUAGUGUUCUCUUCAAACCGAGGAGAAUUGGAGACCUUAGGCACAACUUGCCCCACAGAAAACUUGGCAGUUGGUGGUAAUACUUCACAAACUGGAUCAAAGAACUCAGUUAAUAAAACUGGGAUACCAGGUUCAUCUGGACUAGGCAGCCCUCUUGGCAGAACCCGACAUAGCAGUAGCCAGUCAGAUUUGACUAGCUCUAACAGCAACUCAUCAGGCCUGAGCUUCACAGCCUGCAUGUCUGAUUUCUCCCUUUAUGUAUUUCAUCCAUAUGGAGCAGGAAAACAAAAAUCUGCUGUUACUGGUCUAACUCCCGGAUCAGGAGCACUAGGUAAUGUAGAUGAGGAGCCCACUUCAGUCACUGGUCGGAAAGAUUCUCUGAGUAUUAACCUUGAAUUUGUGAAAGUAAGUCUAUCAAGAAUAAGACGUUCAGGAGGGGCUUCAUUUUUUGAGAGCCAGUCUGCAAGCAAAGCUGCAAGCAAGAUGGAUACUACGUUAAUAAAUAUAUCUGCUGUCUGUGAUAUAGGAUCUGCUUCUUUUAAAUAUGACAUGCGGCGACUCAGUGAGAUUUUGGCCUUCCCAAGAGCCUGGUAUAGGAGAAGUAUUGCCAGACGCCUUUUUCUAGGUGAUCAAACCAUAAAUCUACCAGCAGCAUCAGGUCCUGGAACACCAGAUUCCAUUGACGGGGUAAGCCAGCAUCUUUCUCCUGAAUCGUCACGUAAAGCAUACUGUAGGACUUGGGAGCAGCCCUGCCAGUCUGCUUCAUUUACACACAUGGCACAAUCACCCAAUGUUUUUAAUGAGCACAAUACAAACAGCAGUAUGUCACCUGGGACAGCAAAUCAUAAUUUAAAAUCUCCAGCUGUUGCAAGAUCCCGGAGUGUAUCCGAUUCUUCAGUUCCCCACAGAGAUACACUCUCGAAAACAUCAAACACCAAUUUAAUAAAUCAAAAUAAAGCUUGCAAGUCAGCAGGGACACCAUGGGAACUCUGGUUGUGUUUGCUAUGAAUUUGAAACAAUUAAAUGUCCAAAUGAAUAUGAGCAAUGUAAUGGGCAAUACUACGUGGACUACCAGUGGUUUGAAAAGCCAAGGACGUUUAUCUGUUGGUAGUAACAGAGACCGUGAAAUUAGCAUGUCUGUUGGUCUGGGAAGAUCACAGCUGGAUUCUAGAGGAGGUGUGGUUGGAGGUACCAUAGAUGUUAAUACCUUGGAGAUGGUGGCUCAUAUUUCUGACAUCCAAACAGCAACUAGUCACAAAUUUCAGAUUACUAUGGGUUUACAGAAGCACGUGUUGACUAUAUGGGGUCAGUACCUUAUGGGAAUCUUCAGUAUGCAGAUCUUAAACUGCAGGAUGAAUGGAAAGUUAAUCUGUAUAAUACCUGGAUUCAAGGUAUUUUCUGAUAAAAGUGAGAUAUUGUCCAUGGAGACUUGAAGUGGGAUAUCUUCAAGUGAUGAUUUCAAGAUCAACCACCCCAGACCUGA